GACAGAGUAAUCCCAUCUCACAGUCCAAUACAUACCUGAUUUCAUUAAACAAAUCAAACACCACCUUGACAAUGCUUCGGAUCAAUCAACCGCUUCUCUCCCUCACUACCCUCGCCAUUCUCCUUAUAUCAACCAUCCAAGCCCAAGCACAAGCUCCCUCCGGCCGCCCAAUCACCAGCGCCCGUACCAACGGAACGUUUCAUAAUAGCACCAGCACACGCAGAGCCCCAACAAGCACCAGGACAAUACCAACGCUUACAGACACCGGUGGAUUCGCUACGGGAACAAGUUUCAUUAAUGCGGGUGAGAAUAUGCCUCCCGUUGCGAUUGGAGGACUUGUCGUGUUUCUAGGAGGACUGUUGGCGUUUUGAGAGAGGUGUCGGGAAUAUGACGACUCACGAGUGAGUUUAUGUGUUUGAAAGUUUGAAAUUUUGAAAGUUUGAGGGUAUUUGGGAAGUGGGAAGUGGGAAGAAACCA